AUGGAUGCAGGGCUUGUUCGGCCUAGUCAGUAUCCCGACUGGGUUGCUAAUGUGGUCCUCGUCAAGAAACCGAACGGCACCUGGAGGAUGUGUGUUGAUUACACCAACCUCAAUAAGCUCGGCAGAAACAUUGAAGCUUACAAUGAUGAUAUGAUUGUGAAAAGUAAGCAGCGGGCGGCUCAUAUAGCUAAUCUGAGGGAGACAUUUGAGAUUAUACGAGCUUACAACAUGAGAUUGAAUCCUAAGAAGUGUGUGUUUGGAGUAACGUCGGGAAAAUUCUUAGGUUUCUUGAUUGAUGAAAGAGGAAUUGAAGCCGACCCGGACAAGAUCCAGGCAGGAGAGACUUUAUACAUGUAUCUUGUUGUAUCUGAACACUCGCUGAGUGUCGUUCUACUGACAGAGAGGGAAGGAAUACAGAUGCCAGUGUACUUCAUCAGUCAUGUUCUUCAAAAUGCUGAAAUUAGAUACCCUAUAGUGGAAAAUUUUGGUUUAGCCUUGUUCAUGGCCAGAAAAAAGCUUCAUCCUUAUUUCUUAGCCCACAGGAUAGUGGUCUACUCAGAUCAACCGCUUAAACUGCCUUUCACGAAGCUGGAGGCGUCAGGCCGAAUGCUGAAUUGGGUUAUCGAGCUGAAUGCCUUUGAUAUCACUUAUGAACCCAGGAAAGCCUUCAAGGGGCAAGCUUGUGCAGACUUUAUUGUUGAAAUGACGAGGCCAGUCUUUGCUAAGAAUACGAAGACGGUGUGGACACUGUACGUAGACGGUUCGUCCAUGCAGAACAGAUGUGGAGCCGGGAUAAUCUGUCAAUCACCAGAAGGGGAUACUUUCAAGUAUGCUAUGCGGUUUAACUUUCAGGCGUCCAACAAUGAGGCCGAGUAUGAAGCCGUGCUUUGUGGCAUUAAAAUGUGUAAAGCGGCCGGCGCCGAGGAGAUCUUAGCACUAUUUGACUCUCAACUGAUUGUGAGCCAAGUCAAUGGAACUUACGAGGCUAGGGAUCCGACGAUGAUUAAGUAUAUGCAGGCCGUCCACCAAGAGCUGGAGCAACUAAAAAGCUUUGAAGUAAGGCAAGUCCCUCGCUCAGAAAACAACCAAGCCGAUGCCUUGUCAAAAUUGGUCAGCUCUGCAUCUUGUGAUACCCCUCGUCACGUGUUCUAG